AGAAUACGUACAAGUCGCCGAAGUCGGUAUCCAUUCCAACCAGGUUCUCCACCACCAGAUUCAGAAACCGCCUGGCCUGUUCAUCCUCUCCAAAACAAACUAAAAUCGAGAAACGCGAUCGUAAGGUAGCGGCGGCGGCGGCGGCGUGGCGACAGCAGGAGUAUGAUUGGCCCAGUUCAAUCGCGCGGGCGCGGCCAAUCUGCGAUGGACGUCGACGAAGCCGGCGGCGAGGAGAGGCGACCGUCAGAGAAGGAGCUCUUCCGCGCCGCUGAGUCCGGCGACGCCGCCGCGUUCGCCUCCCUCGCCCCCGCCGACCUCUCCCUGCGCAACGAGGACGGCCGCUCCCUCCUCCACGUCGCCGCCGCUGCCGGGCAUCCCCAGGUGGUGCUCGCGCUUGCCCAGUGCGGUGGUGACGCCGCGGCUAGCGUGCUGAAUGCGCAGGACGAGGAGGGGUGGGCGCCGAUCCACUCCGCCGCGAGCUCCGGCAACUCUCAAAUCGUCGACAUCCUGCUUGAGCGAGGUGCUGAUGUUAACCUGGUUACUGAUGGUGGUCGAACUGCUCUUCAUUAUGCUGCGAGUAAAGGGAGGCUUAACAUAGCUGAAAAACUAAUAGCCCAUGGUGCUAAUGUCAACAAGAAAGACAAGUUUGGCUGCACACCUUUGCAUAGAGCUGCAAGCACUGGAAACGCGGAGCUGUGUGAAUUCCUCAUUGAGGAAGGUGCUGAAGUUGAUGCUGUUGACAAGACAGGACAAACACCUCUUACGCAUGCUGUUAUAUGUGAGAACAAAGGGGCUGCUCUUCUGCUAAUUAGACAUGGUGCUGAUGUUGAUGUCGAGGACAAGGAAGGCUACACUGCCCUUGGCCGAGCAUCGAACAGCUUCAGACCUGUACUCAUCGAUGCAGCCAGGGCAAUGCUCGAAGGAUGAUCUGGUGCUCUGCUCAAAGACGAUGGAAAGUGUGAUACGAGAAACUGUGCUGAGUCGAGGUGUUAAAGCUUGUUCUGGUGUGUAAACAAAGGGGCUCUCUACAGAAUCAGAUUUGACCCUGCUAGAAUUUUGCCCUUGUUGGGUUUAUUUAACCAUUGUGACUAACAUCUCAUAAGCUAAGCUUUGGUUCUCCCUUCUCUC